AUGGCCAACUUUGGAGCAAACAAUCAAGAGAAUGCAGGUCCAGAGAUUGGAUCUAUGCAAAUGCUUACCGUACCCGAAGCUAGCAGUAUGGGUCUUGAAUACCAAUGGAUGACCAUAGCUGAAGGAAAAAGCGGUUGGACUACAGUUCAUGUUGGAAACGCAGCACCGGUGAUAAUCGUCGAUGAAAAAGGCAAUGAAUACUUGGGCAAUUACGAUCUAUCCAAGGAUAAAGCUUCUUUUGGCUUUGGCGGAAAAGAAAAGAUUUAUAUGGGAGGAAAAGCUUCGGGAUUCAAAGUGUUGCAUAAAAGAAGAAUCAAUUGA